UCCACCGAGCUGCUGAUCCGCAAGCUGCCCUUCCAGCGCCUGGUCCGCGAGAUCGCCCAGGACUUCAAGACCGACCUCCGCUUCCAGAGCUCCGCCGUCAUGUCCCUGCAGGAGUCCAGCGAGGCCUACCUGGUCGGCCUGUUCGAGGACACCAACCUGUGCGCCAUCCACGCCAAGAGGGUCACCAUCAUGCCCAAAGACAUCCAGCUGGCCCGGCGUAUCCGCGGAGAGAGGGCUUAGACCCCCUCCCCUACCGGACCUCACUCUCAUAAAGGCUCUUUUAAGAGCCACACACAACCUUUAAAGAGCAAAC